CACCAUCAAUCAGACACGGGCAAGCUAGUGCCAUUGAAGGGCGUUGCUCACGCGAUCAACUUGGCGGUGGAUGACGUUUAAGUUCUCACAGCUGGUUCAAUUUGAAAGUGGGAUCAGAUCAGCCAUGACCACGAGGGUAUGGAGGCACUGGAUCAUCGCGAUUGGAGGGUGUUGGGAAGGCGAAGCGUCUAUUGUUGCUGCCGUGUGCGGGAUGUGUACGGAGGAUCUAUCGAUAAAAUACCGGCUCCUUCGCACCAAAGAGGGUCGGCAAAUCCGAUUCAGGUCAUGGCUCGCAAAUCCCGACAUACUUGAGAUAGUGUUUUAAGUAUGUCCGUUAACCUUUUGGUUAUAACCUAAGAGGCGUCCAAUAAAUAUUUUCUCCUCUUAUUCUUUGAUACGGUACUAUUUGUUGGUAUCAAUAUCAGCCAAAAAAAAAAAAAA